UCUGACAACAUCGAGACCACUGUGGCAAACAUUCUUACUUCUCAGUUUGACUGAUCAGUUUCUAUUUUUUAGACUGGGGAUAUUAUAUUAUAAUAUUAAUUAUAGUAAUAAUACAUCAUACUUAUGUACGAUAAAACGUUUUUAUAAACAUUAGACGUGUUCAUAACUUUUUAUAUUUGAAAUUAGUCGGUGAUAAUUUACUUCAAUCUACAACUAUUCAAAUAUGUUAAAAAAAGGUUUUAAAAUAGCUCUAAUACAAUUGGCAGUGGGCCCGGACAAAGCAAAAAAUGUUGCAUCUGCUGUCAGUGAGAUACACAAAGCUAAGGAAAAGGGUGCACAACUGGUAGCCCUACCAGAGUGCUUCAAUUCUCCUUAUGGGACAAAAUAUUUUGAUGAGUAUGCUGAAGAAGUGCCUUCUGGUGCAACAUGCAGAGCAUUGUCCAAAGCUGCAGCUGAGGCAGGUGUGUGUGUUGUGGGGGGGACUGUCCCCGAGAGAUGCGGCGAUAAGCUGUACAACACGUGCACAGUGUGGGACGGUAGUGGGAAACUAUUGGCCCAGCAUAGAAAGAUGCAUCUCUUCGAUAUCGACAUUCCAAACAAAAUAACUUUCAAGGAGUCGGAGGUUUUGAGCGCUGGUGACCAAAUCACCACAUUCGAAUACCAAGGAGUUAAGAUCGGCAUCGGAAUUUGCUACGAUUUGCGUUUUCCGGAAUUGGCCCACCUUAUGGCCAAGCAAGGAUGCUCGCUGCUCGUGUACCCGGGGGCCUUCAACAUGACGACGGGCCCCAAGCACUGGGAGCUACUGGCGCGCGCGCGGGCCAACGACGAGCAGCUGUGGGUGGCGCUGGUGAGCCCCGCGCGAGACCCCGACGCCGGCUACGUGGCGUGGGGGCACUCGGCGCUCGUGGACCCGUGGGCCACGCUCGUGGCGCAUCUGGACCACAGGCCAGACACCCUCGUCGCGGACCUCGAUUUAAGUUUGGUAGAAGAGGUCCGAAAACAAAUACCAAUUAGAGUUCAGAGACGAACGGACAUCUACGACACGAUCCAUAAAAAGUAAUGAAAUAUAAUAUCAAGCUGUAAACCAAAAAUUAAUCACUUAUAUUAAUGCUACAAAAGAAUUGAAACUAUUGUUUCUAAUAUGUAAUUUUAUUUAAUGUUUACAUUUUUACUAUUGUAUUUGUACAGUGGAUAUUUUUUUAAUGUUAAUAAAUAAUAUAUUUAGA